AUGGCUAGAGUCCUCCACAACUUGAUCAUAUUUUUAAUAAGACUCGCAUUGCAGAUCAAAGUUGUGGGCUACUGGUCCUUGAUCUACGCCUAUUGUGGAGUGUGCACCGCCGUAGCGCUGCUUAAACUUUGGUGGAGCAUCGUUCUGCGGCCGACCACAGUUUUCCAGUGGGCAGUGCGCGAAACUCCCCCGGCUUGUUUGAAUGACACGUCCUUGGGCACGCAUUGUUAUGUUCGCAUCAAGGAAUCUGGACUUCGGUUCCAUUAUGUCGCGGCCGGAGAAAGAGGCAAGCCGCUCAUGCUCUUCCUCCAUGGCUUCCCUGAGUUCUGGUUCUCUUGGCGGUACCAGCUCAGAGAGUUUAAGAGUGAGUUUCGGGUGGUAGCCAUCGACAUGCGCGGCUAUGGAGAGUCCGACUUACCGCUGACCACUGAAAGCUACAGAUUUGAGCACUUGAUCACUGACGUCAAAGACAUAGUGGAGUACUUAGGCUAUAACAGAUGCUGCCUGGUGGGACAUGACUGGGGAGGGACCGUGGCCUGGCUCUUUGCGAUUUACUAUCCAGAGAUGGUCACCAAACUCAUCGUUCUCAACUGCCCACACCCCUCAGUGUUCGCAGAUUACGCCGUGAGACACCCGAGCCAGCUGCUCAAAUGCAGUCACUUCUUUUUCUUCCAGCUGCCGCGAUUCCCCGAGCUCAUGCUUUCCAUCAACGACUAUAAGGCAGUGAAGGCGCUGUUCACCAGCCGCAACACUGGCAUUGGGAGGAAGGGGCGCUGGUUGACUGUGGAGGAGAUGGAGGCCUAUCUGUACGCACUCUCCCAGCCUGGAGCUCUGACCGGAGCACUCAACUACUACAGGAAUGUCUUCAGCUCCCUCCCUCUGAGCCAUAACCACGUCAGGUCCCCGGUGUUGCUGCUGUGGGGGGAGCGUGACGCCUUUCUGGAGCAGGACAUGGCCGAAGCGUGUCGUGUUUACAUCAGGAACCACUUCAGACUCAACAUCAUCUCCGGAGCGAGCCACUGGCUGCAGCAAGACCAGCCGGACAUCGUCAACACGCUCAUAUGGACUUUCCUGAAAGAGGGAGAGGGCCGCAAAAGCUACAGGAACUAA